AUUCUGUUAGAGCGGCGAGUAAAACACAGCUGUCCCCUCAGGAUCGACUAUGUAAAAAAUCUAUAUUUAAGCCAACAGCAAUGGGACCACUGGAAUUCGAAAUUGCUUUGAGCAUUAUUCAGGUUUUAUGCCUCCCCUUUCGAUAUGUGACAUAUAUUGUGGGUGUUGUAACGGAACCGAGGCUGAUUUAUACAGAGCGGGAGUGUGACCAGAAAAAUGAAUUUUAUUGGGAAUAAUUGGACGCUUGCAUGGCGUGUUAUUACCUCCUGGUUAGAGGCUCAACAUGUAGCGGACUGUCAUCGUGUUUUCUUGGAAAUAUGCCACAACUUUCAAAAAGGAUAAACCAUAUUGAUGGUUUGAAUCUAGAAAGACGUUAAACACUGGGUUCUUCUGGCGUGUGGUAUGGCAAACACUUUAGGAAUCCGUAUUGUUCGACCGGUAACGCUCCGAAAGUUUCAACAACCUGAGAUCGACCUUUCAAAGGAACGCGAUACCAGCAGUCCGCUUUUGUCGAGCAACAGAGCGCGCUCUCCCGCUCAAGGGUUGACAGAGGAUUGUAAGCGAGGCAAGACGUGGAAUGCACAUCCACAAUCACAGCAGCCAAGCCCUGUAGACCGUAGCACGCAAACACACUGUACACACCAUAUACGACACACAGAUAUUUCUAUUCGAAGCACGGGGGCAGACGACAAAGUAGACAUGCCAGUAUCGUCUACUCUCACCCACUAUUCCUUGCACCAAAACAACCAGAAUUUCUCCAAUUUCGAUCGGGACAGCCAGAAAUCGAUGGACUACCCUGCACAUGGAAGAACUCUGACCAAUACAUCUACAUUUAACGGGAUUAAACAAUCAGGAUAUGACAUUUAUGGUGGAGAGUUAGAGUAUCGGAGUGGUGCGUCGAUUCCCGGGGGAGAUAGUGCGGCCGGUAGAGUUGGUGGCGGGGUUAGCUGCAGUGGACCUGUGGUAAAGCAGAGUGGAUCUUUGGUAGAUGAGUUCGGACUCAAAGAGGCGCCACAUAGACUUGGAUCUAGUAGCAAGGAUACCUACUCUAAGAUGACAAGGGCAGUGACACAGAAACCCGAGGGUAUCGGGGAGUCAUUGGUCUGGCUCAAACGAGAACUGAUGGAUCUACGCAACACAGAUCAGGAACUCACACGCACUUUAUUCACACUGCAAACGAAGAUCCGUGAUCUCAAGAACAAAAUCAACCAAGACGAAGCCGACGAUGAUGACGAUGAUUCGGAGAAGACCGAUUACCCGUCCAGCUGGUCUUCCAACGGGCAUCGCACUGACAGCUUCUCGACCCCAGGUUCGCAGAAAAAGCGGGGUGUUAACAUUAUCAAGGAGGAGGAGAACGAUGAGGAGCCGGUCAUAGAGGACAAACAAGUCAUACAGUUAAAUACAGCGGUCACUGUGACUCGUACCGCGAUCACCGAAGUCAACGCGGUCAACCCAGUAAAUGUGACCGCGGUUAACGGUAACUCUACGCAUGGAAACCUAAUGAAUGGCACAGCGGUAAACCACAACGCCGAAGGAUACAGUAGAAAUACAAAUAACAGUUUAGACCAGACAGUUAGACCACCUGUAAGUCAAAGGAAAAGUGUUACCUCAGAUGGUCUUAAGAACUAUAGCAAUUUGGAGAAACCAAAUCUUCCUCCUCCUCCUCCUCCUCCCGUAUCUGCCUCCCCUACCCCAUCGCUGAAGAGUGCGAGUAGCAGUGAAGUUGUAAAUCGGUUUGCUAUAAUGAAAGAAGAAAGUAAACGUGACUCAAUGUCCUCGUCUUCCUUUGUAUCAUCAUCGUCCUCGUCGUUCAUGUCUUCAUUGGAAGAACUUCGACUUCCAGACGUCUCUAGAGAUCACAGGUCAAGUGGUCGUAGCUUCGAUCGGAUGACGUUCGAAGAGGAAGAAGAGGAAUCAGAAGAUAUGGUUCACCAGGGAGGAGAGGAUAGUUCAAUGAAAGAUAACGAGCUUGAUAUUGAUGACAAUGGCAAUGAAGAAACAACUAGUGAUGACACCACCGAAGCUUCGAAACUGAUGGACUCGAUAUGGGCAGAAGUUGCUAUGUUCUCUUGAAAGCAAAAAACAAACACGUUUUGUUUUAAUGAAACCUUUUUCAAAUAUUUUGGAUGCAAACGGCCUUCGAACAAAAUUAAUGUGAGUCCCUACAGGGAGACGGAACAAACAGCAACGUUAACAGGGUUAGCACCACGCUGCUAUAUCUUCCACUGCUGUCUUCGUUUACACAUCAAAGACUGUUUAGUAUAAUUUGUAACAGUGAUCUUAACAUGUCUACAUGAAACACAGGGACCUCCUUUUCAACGGAACGUUUCGUUUUUUUUUUAUCGACAGUCGGUAUGUACGACUGCAUAGAAGAGAUGGUGCUGAAGCCAAUCAAAUAAUAAUACCAAUGAGACCGACACCAGACUAAGAAAAGACCGAGCAAAAACUUGCCCCAAAUGGCUAAAAAUCAGUCGGCUUGGAGUCGGUUUGGCGGUGGUUUGGCGGUGCGACUUUGGUAUAAAGAAAUGAUUUUGAACACUCUAAAGCUAAAUGUCGCACAAGUAUGAUUGCUUCCAUUAAUGAAAAGAAUAGGGAAACUAUUAGUGACGAGUAGUACAGUCGGCCUUCCUGUAAUCAUGUUAUACCUUCUCUGGCGUUAUGAUUACUAAAUACUCAUUAUCCAUCAUUCUUUGAUCGAGUUUUAAUGAAUGUAUAUCUUCGUUGAGUGGUCAUGUAAUAUGUGGAAAUCAUUCUUAUGCAAGUAGUAUCAUCUUGUACGAGAGACUGACCUGUAGAAUUUCUUCAGUUUCUACAGUCAAUAAUGAAUCGGUUCAAUGUUGAGUUCUGGUAACACAAAUUACAUGCUUUCCUCAAACACAUCCUAACAGAUUAAAUAUACAAUAAUAAAUGGCAUAUGAUGUGCCUACAUGUACUUACCUACAGUACACUUUCUUUUGGAACAUGUGGUUUUCACUAAGUUUUUGUCCUUCCAUUUUGCGGAUCAUAUCACCAUCAUACACUGAAGAUACCUUAUACUGUUUCAGAAUACAUUUUAAACAGUUUCACUCGAAUUGGAGUUUGUUUAUAUAUUUUGCCAGAACUCAAGAUUUUACAUACUUUUGUAAUAGGUCACAUCACUGUCUUUACUGUGUUUACUAUGUGGAAAUGUAUGUUGUAUUUCGUUUAUCCUAGCUGUGUGUGAAUCAAAGAGUAUCAAAGAUUUGAUAACAAAUGCACCAAAUGUAUUGCUCAUAUUGCAUGAAUGGCUUGUCAUGUUCAAGACAAGAUCCAUCAUAUUGUAUCGCGCUUCAUUAAAAAUUAUAUCUGCAGAAAUGGCUUUAUCUUUAAUACAACAAGUGAGUUUAACCAUUUCAAAAACUUUUAAUAGUUUGAGCGUCAAGAUCAUUAAAUUUCAUUAUUCAUUUGAUUACUUCUCUGCAACGUCCAUGAACGUUUGAAUUUAUUUAAUUUAAACAAUGCUCGCAUUUGCUACACAUUAAUAUUGACCUGUUCAGGGAGGUAACAUGUGACUAAGUUACAAUAUUGAACGUUCUAAACUGAAACAAUUAUUACAAAUUCUCAUAAUAAAAUGAGAAGGUGCCCCGUAAUAAGUAUGAUUAAUUGGAUAUCGCUUCUGGAAAGCGAUUCACACAUUUUAACGAUCAGUAACCUGGGAUGCCUCGAGUAUAUUUAUAAACCGAUGUGUUCUAUAAAAAAAAAUCGACUCAGGUGAUAUGACUUGUCCCGUCUACACAAAAAGGGCGUGGAUGUUCUCUUCGUAUACAGAAAGCAAAUGGCUUAUUAACCACUGCAAACUUUCAACAAAGCUCGAAGGGGUCCAAUGUAUAGUGUUUGAAUUUGCAGUGACGCAGAGCGAGUUAUGAGUGUAUGUUCGUACAGACUCGGGAAGGAGUCUCUAUUUUAGGGUUGAUGGGAUUAGCCAAGCCAUUAGUCGUCUAAUGUAGAACUUCCCAUGUCUCUGGGAAUCCAAGUUAACUCAAAGGAUAUGUUAUCAUUGGCUCAAAGCAGUGAUCUCUUUCUCGAUGUCCACGUGCUUCCCGUAAAAUGGCCAUUAAAUUUCAAGCUUUCUCAUGACAUUUCGAUUAGUCAAGAUACAUGUAUAAAAUGUCGAGAUGGAUAACUGUCAAUCUGUCCUUGAUAAAUGACAGCACAAAUAGUGUACGGACGGACGGUGACUAGGGCCCCCGGAUAAUAAUAAAAGGGGUUUCCUCACGAUUCGUUGGCAUAUUCUGAUGUCAUAUGUUUCCAGUCGAGCUAUUUAUAUCUUGAGUUGUCGUCUGACUGUCUGUCCAUUGAAACUCAAUCUGCAGAAUAUUGUUAUUCUAUGGGAAUAGAUGGCGUGAUUUGAGCUGCUCAUAGUUAUGUUUAUGUGUAUGAUAGCUCUUGAAUGUUGCAACGUUUGUAUUAGUGCAAUAGACGAAAGAGGAAAAAUGAAAAAUUUGUAAUACACGAAUGAUCUGUCAAAUAUUUGCAUUUCUUUGGAUUAUGACUUGUGAGAAUCCACAAUCUUUUUCUUUUCAGUUCUUUUCAGUUACCAUGUUUAUGUUGCAAUUAACUUUUCUUUGUCACAUGUAUGCAUGACUAUUGACAAAGCUAUAGGUAAUAAUGUAUAGUAGAGGUGAUGUUUAUAUAAUUAUGUUCAGUACUCAUGUAAAUAGUAUAAAAUGCCUUAAUCGUUAUACUUUUAAUGAAUUAUGAAUAGAUAUUGAUAUGUUCACUAACACAACAGCAUCACCAGAUAACCAAAUAUGAAGAUAAUGUUAUGCUGCAUUGAUCUUCGUUAUACUUCCUUGAUGCAGCAUACAAAUAUAUGAUAUUAUGGUGACAAUACUAUUUUAGAAUUGUUUAUUCAUUAUAGAGGGAAAAUAUAGUUUUAUUACUCGCAUCGAAAUCUUGAUAACACAAAAUCAUUUCAUUUAUGUAAUAGCUUAUAUUGAGUCCUCUAAUCAAAAUCUUCCAUGCCGAUCUAUAUCCCGGACCAGCCAUUUUAGAUAUGGUAUUACAAUUUGAUCUUGAUAAUACAAGUAGUGAAAAGUAUUACAGUAUCUCCAACAUCUAUAUAUUGACCUUUGAGGUGAAUUAUAUAUUAUGUUACAUCACUCAGUCAUAAAUAUAAUGACCACAUACACCUACACAACACGCACAUAAAGAUAAACAAAAUUGAAUUGAAAAAUACCCCAACAAAAAUACUCAAUGCAUUACUCAGAAAUGACUGGCUGGUUCCAGGAAAGUAUUUAUUUGGUAUUGUUUAUUUUAAUCAGAUGUAAUUAGGUGUUAGAUCUGUCCUCUCCUCACUCUCAUGAAGCCAUAUUUUGUACCCAUGUCAAAUAGUGUUUUAUGUUUAUAAAAAGAAAAUCAGUUAUGACUGACUAUAUUCUAUUUGUAUUUCUUUGUUUAAUAAUCUGUACACAAGCUUUGAGAAAGACGUGUGUAGUCGAGCUCUCAUUCAUACGUAACCUCCUUAAUCAGUAAAGUAUAAUAGACUUGGUUUACUUUUUUGAUAUCCUGUUUAAAUUGUGUACCAGAAGGAGUAUCUAACAUGAAAAAUUAUUGAUAUUAUUUUAUGUUUUUCUUCUUUACUUUGAUAAAGAAAAUUGACUUUAUUAAAAUGAUUAUAUAGAAAGGAUA